AUGAGCAGUAUGAGCACCCGUGUCUGCUGGACUGUUAUCACAGCUUCUGCGCCAGCUGUCUGCGGGGGCCGGACCACGGACAACCGACUUACCUGUCCUCUCUGUGGACAGCAGUCCAUUGUAAAGGGGAAUAACGGAUUGCCCCCUGUGGACCGGUUACUGAAGUUCCUGGUGGACAGUUCCGCUGACUCUGAAGAAGUCAUACAGUGUGCCAACUGUGACCUGGAAUGCAAGAAACAGGAUGGAGACCUUAUGUACUUCUGUAAUACCUGCAACCAGCCUCUGUGUGUUAAAUGCAGAGAGGAGACACACAAAGCCAAAAUGUUCUCCCGCCAUGAGAUCGUGACUCUGGCUAAACGAGCCAAGGACAUCCAUAAGAAGUGCCCAUUACAUGAGGAGCCGUAUAUCAUGUUCUCUACGGAGAAGAAGUCAAUGUUGUGCAUCAACUGUUUCCGUGACAUGCAAGUGGAGAGCCGCGCUCAUUGCAUCGAUAUUGAAACGGCUUAUGUUCUGGGAUGUGAAAAGCUGGAUCAAGCUGUUAUGACGGUGAAGGAGUUGCAGACUUCAACCCGAGAGGCGACUGUCCUUCUGAAGGCCAUGAUCGAAGAAGUCCGCAACAGCGCUGAGGAGGAGGAAACCUCAAUCAACACUCUCUUCAGCAGCAUGCAGAAAAAGCUGGCAGAACGCAGGAAGAGCCUCUUGAAAUUUGUCCAAUGUCAACAUGAAGAAAAGGAGAAGGCAUUUAAAGAGCAGCUCUCCCACCUGGCGUCUCUGUUACCCACCCUGCAGGUCCAUCUGGUCACAUGUUCAGCUUUCCUGAGCUCGGCGAACAAGGCGGAGUUCCUGGAUUUGGGUUAUCAACUAAUGGAAAGGCUGCAGAAAAUUGUGAAACUCCCAUAUCGCUUGAGACCAUCACAGAGCAGCAAGAUCAAUACAGAUUAUGGAGCAGAGUUUGCCCAUUGCCUGGAACCACUGUUGAUGCUGAACCUUCGCCGGGCUGGCAAUGUGAGCAGCAGUUGUGGAGGAGCGGGACAUGGAAAUGGAAGCAUUGGUCAAUGCUCAAAGACAUUAAUGAUGCCUGGGUGUUCCUCUUGUGACAAAAUUUCCAUCACUGGGUCCAUUGUCCGGAAACCCACCAUGCACCGAUACAUCAGCACCAAAGUCCUGCUGGCUGAAGGAGAGGACAACCCAUUUACUAAACAUUGCCGCAACUAUGAGGAUACGUACAGGAUCAUCCAGGCAGAGAUCCAGAAUCUGAAGGACCAGGUCCAGGAGCUGCACAGAGACCUGACGAAGCACCAUUCCCUCAUAAAGACAGAAACCAUGAGCGAGAUCAUCCAGAAGUCUCUGCAGGUGGAUGUGCAGAUCGCCUCCGAGUAUUCGUCUGUGGAAAUGAUGAGGACGGCAUUUGAGGAGAUUUGGGAAGAAACUUACCAAAGGGUGGCGAAUGAGCAGGAAAUAUAUGAAGCUCAGCUACACGACCUCCAGCAACUGAAACAAGAAAACAGCUACCUGACCACAAUUGCCAAACAGAUUGCGCCAUACGUACGAUCCAUCGCCAAGGUCAAAGAACGCCUGGAGCCCAGGUACGAAGGUUCACACUUCUCUGAUGGGUUUUUGGUUUAA